AAUUGUUUGCUUGUUAUGAGGUUGAGCGACAAGAAGUCUAUUGCGCCACAUCUUCAGAUCUACACUAACAAAGUAAUGUACAAGAUGCUUUCCAUCAUUUUCAUUGGUUUGUUGUUGAUGCUUGGCACAGUUGAAGCUGCCACCAGUGAUUUGCCUCAAAAAAUAGAAGUAAAGGAAAAUCAAAACGCUGGCACUGUUGUUGUAACUGUUGAAGUGACUGGAAACAAUUUCCCUAAAUUAAUUUUAGUGAGAGAUAUACUGAACUAUUUAAAAGUAGUAGAUAAUCCUUCUUGUACUAAUACUGCAUCAUGUAACAAGUUUGAUUUGGUUACCAUAAAAGAAAUUGACAGAGAAAAAGUUCCGAACGGAUUUGUUGAGUUUACUCCUGAGUUUACGGAUGGCUCAGUAGGUAAUAUAUGUUUCUUAAUAAUUCUUGAUGAAAAUGAUAAUGUUCCAGUUUUCGGAAGUCAACGAUAUAAAGCAACAAUACCAGAGGAUUUUCCAGUAAACACUAAAAUACCAAAUUUGCAGAUAACAGCUACUGAUGCUGAUGAAAAUCCCAAUCUAGAAUAUUCUUUGAUACCUGCUGGCCAGAAUUCAAAAGGAAUUGAAGACUACAUGAAAAUUGAAGAUAAAUAUAAAGGUUUCAUCACAGUAGUAAAAGCACUGGACUAUGAAACAAGAAACUUUUUUGAAUAUACAGUACAAGUAUUUGAUGGAAAGUUUACAACAAAUGCUUCUGUAUGGAUCCAAGUUGAGGAUGUUCAAGAUAUGCCACCAGCAUUUACAAGUUCCGGCUUUGUUGAAAAAAUCAAGGAAAAUUCAAACAAGGGAACUCUCAUCACUACAGUGACAGCUGAAGAUCAAGACAGAGGCAUACCGAAUGAUAUUGGUUAUGAAAUUAUUAAAGCUACCACCAGUGAUUUGCCUCAACAAAUAGAAGUAAAGGAAAAUCAAAACGCUGGCACUGUUGUUGUAACUGUUGAAGUGACUGGAAACAAUUUCCCUAAAUUAAUUUUAGUGGGAGAUAUACUGAACUAUUUAAAAGUAGUAGAUAAUCCUUCUUGUACUAAUACUGCAUCAUGUAACAAGUUUGAUUUGGUUACCAUAAAAAAAAUUGACAGAGAAGAAGUUCCGAACGGAUAUGUUGGGUUUACUCCUGAGUUUACGGAUAACUCAGUAGGUAAUAUAUGUUACUUAAAAAUUCUUGACGAAAAUGAUAAUGUUCCAGUUUUCGGAAGUCAUCGAUAUAAAGCAACAAUACCAGAGGAUUUUACAGUAAACAAUACAAUACCAAAUUUGCAGAUAACAGCUACUGAUGCUGAUCACAAUCCCACUCUAAAAUAUUCUUUGAUACCUGCUGGCCAGAAUUCAAAAGGAAUUGAAGACUACAUGAAAAUUGAAGAUAAAUAUAAUGGUUUCAUCACAGUAGUAAAAGCACUGGACUAUGAAACAAGAAACUUUUUUGAAUAUACAGUACAAGUAUUUGAUGGAAACUUUACAGCAAAUGCUUCUGUAUGGAUCCAAGUUGAGGAUGUUCAAGAUAUGCCACCAGCAUUUACAAGUUCCGGCUUUGUUGAAAAAAUCAAGGAAAAUUCAAGCAAGGGAACUCUCAUCACUACAGUGACAGCUGAAGAUCAAGACAGAGGCAUACCGAAUGAUAUUGGUUAUAAAAUUAUUAAAGAUUCUUGUUCAUCCUUCUCUAUUUCCAAUGACAGUGGUGAAGUUAGAAUUAAAUCUGAUAAUCUUGACCGAGAAGAUCCUGUAAUUAAUAAACUGGAUGGUGUCUGUACUGUUGAAAUAAAGGCUUAUGAAGUAAUAAAUAACCAAAUAGGUGAUAGUGUCACAAAAAACAUCACAAUAUUUGUAGAAGAUGUGAAUGACAAUGAUCCCUUCUUCAAUAAAAAUUCUUUCACUGCAAAGGUCAAUGAAAAUACUACAAAGGAUAAUCCAGUAACAAUAAAUGAGAUUAUAACUGUAAAAGACGAGGAUACGGUGGAGUACAGUAAAUUCAGUCUUAGCUUGAAAACUUUGGAUGGUAAACCAUUCACUGCUCUUAAAGUUAUUCCAGUAGAAUCAGUAACAGAAACAAAUGUAGCUCUGAGUGUUAAUAAUCCUGAUGAACUUGAUUAUGAAAAGGAAAAACAAAUGACAUUUAAGAUUGUUGCUGAAGAUAAAGCUUCAUCUAAAUCCAGUGAAGCUAAUGUUACUCUGGAAAUAUUGCCUGUGGAUGAAUUUCUUCCCCAAUUUUCUCAGCCAAAAUAUCAAGUAAAUGUCUCUGAAGAAGAAACUGUUGGUAAUCUGAUCACCAUAACUGCUACUGAUGAAGAUUCAGGCAAAGAUGGAGAAGUGACAUAUGCAAUAUUUGGAGACAAUAGUUUCACUAUAGACAGCAAAAAUGGUACUAUAUCAGUCUCAAAGAAGUUGGAUUAUGAAAAAGUAAUUUUUUAUAGUUUACUUGUUGAAGCCACUGAUGGAGGUAAUCGAAAAGCGACUGUUGAUUUAGAUGUUUUUGUGGAGGGCAUUAAUGAUAAUGCCCCUAUAUUCAGACCAAAAUUCUAUACUGGACUUCUGAAAGAGGGCAAAACCAGUUUUGAGUAUGAAAUCACUGUUCAAGCAACUGAUGCUGAUAAAGAGAAUUCAGGUAAUUCUCAAGUAAAAUAUUCAAUAGUAAAUGCUAGUCAAGGCCCUUCAAACAGUUUUUCCAUAAAUGCACAAAAUGGAAUUAUUACUCCAUCAAAUAUAGAUUAUGAAAGCCUGACUGAUAAUGUCAUCCAGUUAGUAGUCAAAGCUGAAGAUAAUGGUAUACCAGUCAAGGAAGAUACUGCCGUUGUUAAUAUCACUGUAUUGGAUGUAAAUGACAAUGGGCCUCAGUUCCAAGAAAGUUCUUAUAAUAUAUCAAUAAAAGAAAAUUUAACUGAAGAUAGUUGGCUUUUAAACGUUACUGCAAAAGAUGAUGAUAAGACAAGUCCAUUCAAUCGGGUGAACUUCCGUCUAAAAACACAAACCAGUGUCUUUCGCAUAAAUUCAGAGGAUGGAAGUAUUUUUCUCAGCAGUAAAUUGAACCGUGAAGAUAAAUCCUUUUACAAUCUCACCGUUCUUGCCACUGACGGAGGAACUCCAUCUAAAACAGCCACUACUGAAGUAAAUGUCAUUGUAGAAGACGUUAAUGAUGAAACACCAGAACUGAUACUGGGUAAAACAAAUAUAGAACUUUAUGAAAACAUAACCAUUAAUUCUUAUAUUACUUCAAUAAAAGCUACAGACAAGGACUUGAAUAGUAAGCUGAUUUUCAAUAUUUCACAAGAGACAAUUGAAAUAAAUGGAAAAGGAAGAGAAGUCAAUAAAAAUACUAUCGUGCCAUAUUUUGAGAUUGAUCACAAUACGGGAAAUAUUACUCUAAAGGAAAAACUAGACAGAGAAACAUUUGAGCGUAUCAUACUAAAAGUUGAAGUAUCAGAUCAGAAUACUGUUGUGGGAGUUGGAACAGCAACAGGAUUUUUGACAAUUACAGUCAAGGAUAUAAAUGAUUGUUACCCAGUUUUUAGAGAAAAUUUUACAUUACUAAAUUUGGUUGAAAACUAUCCUGUCGGAAGCAUUAUUGCAACACUUACAGCCACUGAUGAUGACAAAAAUGACUUUGUAACAUAUGAAGUUCUUGACAGUUCUAACAAGUUUGGCAUUAACAAUAAAACUGGUGAAAUUUCAUUAAAAGCAGAGCUGGAUCGUGAAGAAAAUCCAAACAUCACAUUUAAUGUUGUGGCCAGUGAUUCCUUGUUACCAACAUUAUCAUCCACAGCAACAGUUUUUGUUGUUGUUGAAGAUUUUAAUGAUAAUGCCCCAGAAUUUCAGAACCUUGACUCUAUAUUACCUGUACCAGAAAACACUUCUGUAAAUACCAUAAUUACUACAAUAACAACUACUGAUAAAGAUAUAGGAAUACAUGCGAAUGUUAGUUAUACUCUGACAGUUUCUGGUGGAAAUUCUCCUUUUAAAAUUGACAAAAUAACUGGAGAAAUAGUGUUAAUUUCAAAACUUGACAGAGAGGCUGUGGAUAAGUACACUGUUAUUAUUACUGCUCAAGAUAACUAUGACUAUAAAAAUAAUUUUCAAAAACCUGGAUGGAAAGAAAAUACAACUACAAUCUUAAUCAAUGUAACUGAUGUUAAUGACAAUCCUCCAGUAUUUAAGUCUGAUGAAUAUUCUAAAAAUGUACAAGAAAGCAUAUCAACAGGAACUAUCUUGACUGUUGCAACCACUGAUGAAGAUAUUGGAGAAAAUGGUAAAGUUCAGUACUCACUACAAGGAAAGGAAUCUGUGUUAUUUAAAAUGGAUCCAGGUACAGGUGUUCUGAGUAUUGCUUCAGAUUUAACAAAUAAAAUAGGAGUCAAGUGUUUCAAUGUUACUGCAAAAGAUGAAGGAAAUCCACCAUUAAGUUCAACUACAUCUAUUUGUAUUAAUAUUACUGACAUUAACAACAACAAUCCAAAAUUUGAAAAGCCAAAUGAUACAAUCACUAUACCAGAGUCAACAUGUCCUGGCUCUACUAUAUAUAAAAUCAACAUAUCAGACAAAGAUUUUGGUGUUAAUGCUGAAAUUAAUUAUGAACUGGAAAGUAAAGCUGAUAACAGUAAUUUUAAAGUAGACAAAUCUGGAAAUGUUAUUUUGGAGAAGAAGCUAGAUUAUGAAAAGAAACCAUUAUACCAAGUUGAAAUAAAAGCUUCUGAUUCUGGUACUCCAUCGCUCUCUUCAAUUCCUACAGUAUUUUUGUUAUCUGUGAAUGUUACAAACAUUAAUGAUGAGCCCCCUGAAUUUCUCCAGCCUAAUGACACAUUCCCUAUUAAAGAAGGACCACCACCGAUAGCUAUUGCUUCAGUGAAGGCUAAAGAUUCUGGAUUUGAUUUAUGUUAUACUAUUGUUGAUAGUGAACCUGCAAGCUAUUUUGUUUUAAAGAAUGAUUCUAAUGCUGCUUUAAUUGAGACCAAGAAAGAAGUUGAUUAUGAAACAACAAAAUUCUUAAAACUGGUGGUAUUUGUCCAGAAUUGUAUUGAGGUCACAUAUAAUGCUUCAUGUCCUAAAUCUCCCUCUCCUGAUUUACUCAACAAAAUGAUUAUAGAUGUUGUCAUUCAAGAUGCUGAUGACAAUCCACCAAUAUUUACUGAAAAGACAUUUAGUAAAGCUAUUAUAUUUGAUAUUUCUAAAGAAGAAAAAAUAUUAGAGUUUAAAUAUUAUGUGAAUGAUGCAGAUACUGACCCAAAGAAUAAGCAGCAUAAAUAUUUCAUUGAAUCCUUUGAAUACUUUGGCAAUGAUGCAUUGAAACAAUUGAAGACUCCCUUUGAAAUAAGAAAUAGUGGUAUUUAUCGAAAAGCAGAUCUUGAUUCAAGUGUCAGUGGAUAUAUUCAAAUGCUUAUUAAGGCUAACGACACCAAUGGCUUGGAUACUACAGCUACUGUUAAGAUUCAUAUUUUAUCUGAAUCGGAUGAAGUCAAAAUUGUGUUUGCAAAGCCAAUUGAGAAGGUUAGGAGUCAAAACCAUGAAUUUAUACAAUUUCUUCAAUCAGUUGUGGGAGAUGAAUAUGAAAUUGUUCCUGGCAAACUUGAUGUCUCCAAAAAUGAUAAAGGUGAACUUGAUCCUCUCAGAUGCUAA